UAUCAGAUGAUUCAAAUGUAUGAGAUUCAAAAUCAACCUUUCCAUUUUCUCGUGAUGAUUAAAUCUUGAGUUUCGAUGAAUAAAUCCGCUAAAUAAAGAACAAAAAAUGAGUUUGACAAAGAAGGCUCCGAAACAACUUUCCGCUGCCACAACGAAUGCCAAGAAAGUUUUUGAGAAUCUCCCAAGGAAGAGCAGGGAGCCCGUUAAUCAAUGGGCGAUUUUGGUAAAUUGUCGACUUCGGAUGAAAUAGAAGCUCCUAUGUGGGCGGAUCUUGCUCUGGAAUGCGAUUCCACUGACGAGGACAAGGAUGAUGAGUGGUUCCAUGUAAGCCAUCCGUUCCAUCAAUGUUCUGCCAAACAGUUGAUAUCUAAGUUGUCAAAUUCUGUGGAGUGUGGCAUGAUUUUUGAUCUCCUGGGAUCAUCUUCUCCAAAGCUUCCACCAUCAGUCUCAAAAUCAAGAGGCAAAGAUUAUAAGAGUGGGAAGCACGAGCCAGUAGUUUGUGGUUUUACCUUAAACAAGCAAAAUGUGUCCAAAAGUUGGAGUAGCAGGUCUUUGCCUAUAGAUGCAGGAUCUGGAAAAGCUAUAACAAAAAAGGCAUUCGAUGGAAAAGUAAAGGAUCACCCAAAAUAUAAGCCUGAUCCAGUUGGUGAACGCACCUUACCUGUUACUACUACAGAUGCUUUUACUAAAUCAGUGUCUAGUUCUACUGAUGAAAAAACCUCUAUUAAGUCUGUAGCUUUUGGAGGAGGGAGCAACUCAACUAGCACAAUUACAUCAGACACCGCAGGCUGGAACCUCAUUAAGGCUUCCAGUCAGUCAUUUGGGGCCACUAGUAGGUCAUUGUUAAAUCUUAGAGAUAGCCUUCGGAAAAGUUAUGUUACAAGACAAGCAUCUAGGGUUGUGAUUAAAGGUGUGAAUCAGUCAGAAGGUCAGAAUUCUUCUUCAAGUAAAUCAAGUGUUAGGUCCUCUCUGCAACCUGGGUGUGCUGGGAUGAACAAGGUGGGAACAAAUAUGGAUAAAAUGCCGGAUAGCAGAAAUAGCACCACAAUGAUUCAACUUCCAACUAACAAAGUAAAUCGCAGAAAUGCAUACAAGGCACCUGCUGCCGAAGCUUGGAGUAUCAGUUUUGAAUCUAAUUUGAUCAUCAACAGAGAAUCCAGUAAAACAAUGGGUCAUAAGAAACAUGGAGAAGGUUGUAUUACUAAGAGAGUUAAUAAAUGCAUUCUCCCGGCUACAGCUAAGAAUUCUAGUAGAGCAAGAGGAGUCAACCACACCAGUAAAACUGUAAAUAGUGGUAAAGAAAACCAGUCUCGGAAAAUGGCUUUGGGUAUAAAAUCAAGUAUGAUGUUGAAGGAAGCUGAAGGUCCACUGGAAGCUCCAAAGUUUGUGAAGAGGAAAGUACAUCAGAAAAGUGACAGAACCAAAUUGGUUGGCCAAAGGGAAAACUCCAGUAAUGGAACUAAAGUGAAGAAUUCCAUUCGAGUGGUUGAGACAGUCCACUUCCGGUAGCUGUCAGCAUAAUCUGUAUGCAUAUUCAAUAUUGUUAAAACCCUGUAUCCUUUUUCCAAGCCGCUAUAGGAAUUACAGUAAAUGCUUUACCUGUGAGGCCUUAUUUUAUAGAAAAAGAACUUACAUGAUCAGUUAUUUGAA